UGAAUCUCGGUAGCGAUUUUAUCACUGGAUUUUUAUCACAAAUAAUUGUUGUGGCUAGAACUUCUAACAUUAUGGGUCACACAAGGGCAUUCUUUGCCCUUGUGGUAAUUGUGAUGUUAAUUGCAAACUCACAAGGAGAUCGUGGUAGUCGUGAUAGACAAACAGGACAAGGUGGACCUGGCAGACCUGAACCUGAAUUUGGUAGACCAGGACAAGGUGGUCCUGAACCUGAACCUGAAUUUGGUAGACCAGGAGGACAAGGUGAACCAGGACAAGGUGGGCCUGAACCUGAACCUGAAUUUGGUAGACCAGGACAAGGUGGACCUGAACCUGAAGCAGAAUUUGGUAGACCAGGAGGACAAGGUGAACCUGAACCUGAAUUUGGUAGACCAGGACCUGAACCUGAACCUGAAUUUGGUAGACCAGGGCAAGAUGGACCUGGUAGACAAGGAGGGCAAGGUAGACCUGGUAGACCAGAAGGCCAAGACCAGGGCAAGAUGGACCUGGUAGACAAGGAGGGCAAGGACCUGAAUUUGGUAGACCAGGACAAGGUGGUCCUGAACCUGAACCAGAAUUUGGUAGACCAGGACAAGGUGGACCUGAACCUGAAGCAGAAUUUGGUAGACCAGGGCCUGAACCUGAACCUGAAUUUGGUAGACCAGGACAAGGUGGACCUGAACCUGAAGCAGAAUUUGGUAGACCAGGAGGACAAGGUGAACCUGAACCUGAAUUUGGUAGACCAGGACCUGAACCUGAACCUGAAUUUGGUAGACCAGGGCAAGAUGGACCUGGUAGGCAAGGAGGGCAAGGUAGACCUGGUAGACCAGAAGGUCAAGGUGGUCCUGAACCUGAACCUGAAUUUGGUAGACCAGGACCUGAACCUGAAUUUGGUAGACCAGGACAAGGUGGACCUGAACCUGAACCGGAAUUUGGUAGACCAGGGCCAGAACCUGAAGCAGAAUUUGGUAGACCAGGAGGACAAGGUGAACCUGAACCUGAAUUUGGUAGACCAGGACCUGAACCUGAACCUGAAUUUGGUAGACCAGGGCAAGAUGCACCUGGUAGACCAAGAGGGCAAGGUAGACCUGGUAGACCAGAAGGCCAAGGUGGUCCUGAACCGGAACCUGAAUUUGGUAGACCAGGACAAGGUAGGCCUGAACCUGAACCAGAAUUUGGUAAACCAGGACAAGGUGGACCUGAACCUGAACCUGAAUUUGGUAGACCAGGGCCUGAACCUGAACCUGAAUUUGGUAGACCAGGACAAGGUGGACCUGAACCUGAACCGGAAUUUGAUAGACCAGGGCCUGAACCUGAAGCAGAAUUUGGUAGACCAGGAGGACAAGGUGAACCUGAGCCUGAACCUGAAUUUGGUAGACCAGGACCUGAACCUGAAUUUGGCAGACCAGGGCAAGAUGGACCUGGUAGACCAGGAGAGCAAGGUAGACCUGGUAGACCAGAAGGCCAAGGUGGUCCUGGCAGACCUGGAAAUCAAGGUGAAGCUGGCAGACCUGGAGGUCAAGGUGGACCUGGUAGACCUGGAGAGCAAGGUAGACCUGGUAGACCUGGAGAGCAAGGUGGACCUGGUAGACCUGGAGGGCAAGGUAGACCUGGUAGACCAGGAGGCCAAGGUGGUCCUGGUGGAUCUGGUGGAUCAGGAGGGCAGGGCACACCAGGUAGACCUGGCAGGCCAGGACAUGGUGGACCUGGUGGACCAGGAGGGCAUGGUAGACCUGGUAGGCCUGGAGGGCAAGAUGAUUCUGCAUUUUGUGGACUUCCUAAAAAUAAUGGAGAGUAUGUAAUUCUCGCAACCGAUGGAGCUAAAGGUUUAAUAUAUUAUGCUUUUAUUAAUACACCGAACCAAGAGAAUAUUGACCUAACUCCUUUCCCAAUCACCAUCGAAGGAGGGCUCCGAGGA